AUGGCCACAGCCCAGGAUGGAGGCGACAAAGUCAUUGAGGGGUACCCGUGCCAGCCCAACUCCCAGCCCUGGCAGGCCUACCUCCAGGGCUCCACGUUCUGCGGAGGUGUGCUCCUGAACCGCCACUGGGUGCUGACCGCUGCUCACUGCAAGAUGGCGGCACAGCUUGUGCGCCUAGGUGUCCACAACCGGCGCCUCCCCAGCCGCACGGAGCAGCGCCGUAGGGUCAUCAAGACGAUUGUCCACCCCAACUACAACCCCAAAACCUACAACAAUGACAUCAUGCUGAUGCGGCUUCAGCGUCCAGUGGUCAUGACCAAAAGUGUACAGCCCGUGGCCCUGCCCCGUGCCUGCCCCCGUGCUGGGCAGUCCUGCCUUGUAUCUGGCUGGGGCACCACACACAGCCCUGGAGCUACAUACCCCAACAUCCUACAGUGUGCCCAGCUCCAGAUCCUCUCCAAUGAGUUCUGCCGUAAGGCAUAUGGUGCAUGGUUCACACCCAACAUGAUGUGCGCCGGCAUCCCAGGGCGCCGUGUUGAUAGCUGCCAGGGCGACUCCGGAGGUCCCCUUACGUGUGGCAGGGUCCUUCAGGGCAUUGUGUCCUGGGGCCCACCAGUCUGUGGGCGGCCCAAUGAACCUGGUGUCUACACCCAGGUGUGUAACUACCUGUCCUGGAUGCAGGACAUCAUAAAUAGGAACUAGCAAUCGUGUCCAUGCUGGUUCCACCCACUCCUGCCCCACAGCCCUCCAGUAUUCAGGCCAGUGUCCCUCACUCCAAAUCCAAAAAAUUCUCUGCCCCCAGUACCCAUGCUAGUGCUCCUCACUCCUGACCUACAGCCCUCUGCCCCUCACAGGGCCUGGGGGGGAAUCCAACACUGCCUUUUGUCCCAUAAAAAUAUAUAUACAUACAUAUAUUUUCACUCUGGAUCCUGGUGAUUGACUCCUAUAACCCUUUCAAUCUCUCAUUGUCUUGAUGAAUAAAUGGAUAGAGCAC